AACGAGAGAGAUCAUAUAAAUUAGAGAAAGAGAGAGAGAGACGGGAGGGAGCGAUGGAGAGGAGAGAGGUAGUGAGAAAAGCAGAGCAGCUAGUGGAAGCGGCGAUGAAAGGGAACGACGCAUCGCACGACGCAGCUCACGUGUUUAGGGUUAGAGAUAUGGCGCUCUCUCUCGCCCUUGAAGAAGGUCUCUCUUCUUCCUCCGAUUCAAUGGAGAUCGUUGAGCUUGCUGCACUUCUCCAUGACAUAGGAGACUACAAAUAUGUCAGAGAUCCAUCUGAGGAGAAAAUUGUUGAGAACUUUCUUGAGGAGGAAGGCAUAGAGGAGAGCAAGAGGAUGAAAAUAUUAAGCAUCAUAAAGGCAAUGGGUUUCAAAGAGGAACUUGCAGGGUUUGCUAAUGGUGAAUAUCCUCCAGAGUUUGGGGUUGUACAAGAUGCUGAUCGCCUUGAUGCAAUUGGUGCAAUUGGAAUAGCCCGUUGCUUUACUUUUGGUGGAAGUAGAAAAAGAGUGCUUCAUGAUCCUGCCAUUAAGCCGCGGUCAGAUUUAUCCAAGGAACAAUACAUGAAGAAAGAAGAGCAGACAACAGUGAAUCAUUUCCAUGAGAAGCUUCUCAAGCUUAAGGAUUUAAUGAAAACUAAGGCUGGGCAGAGGAGAGCAGAGAAAAGGCACAAUUUCAUGGAGGAAUUCUUGAAGGAGUUUUAUGAAGAGUGGGAUGGAAGAGCUUGAAUAAGGUACUUCUGGAGCUCAGACUCAUGGCGCCGGAUCAGAUUCACCUUCAACCCAUGCUUCAUGUACAUUGUCAAUGCAAGCUUCGGCUCAACUGGAUGAUUUUCCACCACCUUGACAUGGUAACGGUAUAUUAUAGACGCAGCAGCGAAUUUCAUCUGAUAGUAAGCAAAAUCUUUCCCUAGGCAAAGCCGAGGUCCGCCAUUGAAGGCGGUGAACUUGUAGGCUGACUCGCUCAUGAACCGGCCGUCUCGGAGCCACCUCUCGGGCUUGAACUCCCUGCAAUCCUUUCCCCAUAUCCCCUCCAUUCUUCCCAUGGCAUAAAUGGCAUACACCACUUUGGUUCCUUUCUUUAACACAGUCCCAUCUGGAAAUACAUCGUCUUCAAUCACCUAUACAAUACAUCAAAAAAAUUAUCAAUUAGAAUCCGCAUCAACCCCCACCCCCACCAAAAAAGGAGAGUCUUCCAAUGGAAUUUGAUCAAGACAAGACAAAACCACCGUUGAAUUAGUUGCGACGUCUUUAAGGCCCUAUAAGCGCACAAAGCUGACUCUUCAACCAAGAAUUUAGGAGGGUACCCUAACAAUAAUGUCAAAAUUUGAGUCUUCCAAUGGAAUUUAUGGCUAGUGUUUCCAGGUGAAAAAGCUGAUACUUCACUUUUAUCUAGGCGCUACUAAUAAUCUGCUUGACUUUACAGCAAGUUUUAUACACUUUCUAGGCAAGCCCAGAUGAAGAUGUACUCCAUCUUGUCAAGGAUUUGACCAAAGUUUAUUAGACUUUCUUACUGUUAGAAGAUUGUUAUGUGUUAUGUUCAACCACCCAUAAAGGACUCUGUUCUCGUUUAAGGCUUACUUCAAUCUAUUAAUCAUUUAUAACCCUAUGGUCCAGAAGAGGAGAGUGGAAUUAAAAAUCAUACUAAGGACAUGAUGAACAGAUAUUGUUGAUUUUAUAAACUAUUAUAUAGCAUUAAAAAUUAAUUGUUAAGGACCAAAAAUCUCUCAAAAUUAAAUGAUUUUAAUUUUGUUGGCUUACCUCUUUGUGAUCCACAGGCACUGAUGGAUACAACCUGAGUGCCUCUGAUAGAGCAGCUUGCAGAUACUCCAUUUUCUUCACCUCCUCAGCCUUGAAUAUCAAACCAUCUCCCUCUUCUUCACCUUUCCUUUCACCCACCAUCCUGCAUAUCUCCGCCAUGAUCCUCUCCUCCACCGCCGGAUUCCGAUCAAGGAGCCAGAAAAACCAACUCAGCGCCACCGAGGAAGUGUCUCUACCGGCAAGUAUGAAGUUCACGCAUAUAUCCCUCAAAAAUUUGUCCGAAAAUGGCUGUCCAUUUUCAUCCUUCAACCCCAUGAAGAUUGACAACAGAUCGGACCUCUGGUUCUUGUCGUCACACUGUAACGAAAGCUCCUUCUUCCUUGUUGUGAUCACUUCAUUUGCAAAUUUAUCGACCCCCAUUAUCGAUAUCUUGAGGUUCUUCUCGGUGCCUAUGUUGAGGUGCCUCAUGGCCUUCCAUAUGCAUGUGGGUGUAACGAAGCGAAGAACCGUGGCUUCUGUGGCGUCCUCGAAUGCUCGAGCAAAUGGAAUUUCCGGUAGGCCUAGGCGGAGACACCCGGGGUCGACGCCAAAUGCUAUCAUACAGACAUUGUCGAAGGUGAGCCUCAAGAGCACGUCUUGGAGGUCGAUAGAGGCUGAGUUUUUGACUGAAUCUUCAAGCACUGGGAGGAGUCUGGAGUGGACCAGCACCAACAGCGACUCAAUGGUGAGUUUUCGGAACUUCGCCGAGUGGAACUCAAUGCUUGCCGUCUUCCUCUGGCGCUGCCAGGUCUCAUCGUCGGCGCUAAAUAUGCCGUCCCCGAGCAGGUCUCUGACCGUGUUUCUAAAGUAGGCUCCUUUGGGGAAGUUAGAGAAUUUACCCUUGAGGAGAUGCUCUAUGUUGCGAGGAUCCGAAGUGACCACACAGUUGAGGCUGCUAAACCAAGGACCCUUAAACACAAACGUCCCAUUCCGACGGCAAAGAACGCCGGAAAUCCAUUCAUACAUGUCGGUCCGGAGACCCCCAACAAGAGAAGGCAACAUCCCAAGAAAAGGCCAAACCGGCAGGCCAUGGCGCUUCCUUUGCCUUAGGGAAUGUAUAGCCACAAACACAAUGAGAGCCACAAGAACCUCCAUCACUUGGAUCUCAGGCAAGAAGAGGAGUCGCCGGGAAACGAAGUUCCGGGCGAUGCCAUGAGAGGGAAGAGGGGUGAAGUUGCUGCUAGGGUUGAUCAUGUUGGAAUGAAGGCGAUGAGUAGUGGUCUAGUGCAUAGUAGAGGUAGUUGUGGGGAGUGUUGGUCAUGAGUUAUAAGAGGGGGUGGCGCAUGAGUUUCUUGGCGUGCAUGAGUUUAUUCAGCAGUUUUGAUUUGGUGAGCAGAACGCAGGGCUACUUUUUAUGUGAGUAACUGAAAAUUAAAAGAACUUUCUUGGAUUAGGGGUUUUGGCCUUAUAUUUCUUCACACUUUUGUCGGUUUCUGUUCAGAGGGCAAAUGAGAAUGUUGGGCUUGUUUGCUUGUCUGCUUGACUCUGAAAUAUGAAGUUUCUAAAAUGGGUUGGGAGGAUAGGAAGUGGGUGCAGGCUGAUAACCUAAGAUCCAACAAUUUCUAGAUUCUUCCUGGAGUCAACUUAGCAUAUUAGAAAGUGUAAAGGUGUGGUGUGGUGACCAACAGACCACUUAUAUUGAGAUGUAAGUAACUAUUUGUAUAUGAUUUGGGCCACCCAAUUGUCGAUUUGGUCCGAUGUUUUGCAACUGAAAGCCGCUAUUUUGACUCUUUAUAACCUUA